UUUAGUCGUACGAUGGCAGUCAUGGAAAUCGAAGUCUUGAAUGCAAAAGAUUCUCGUCCUAUCGGGAAAUGCAGUGUGCAGUCGAAAACGACAAUCGCUGAGGUUAAAGUUCAGGUUCAAAAGUUGAAAAAAGCUUUGUAUCCCGAUCGGCAAAGUCUCCGUUUGGAAAGUCGAGGAAAAACUUUAAAAGAUGAAGACACACUCGAGACUCUUGGGAUCCGGGAUGGCGGAAAGUUGUACGUGAAGGAUUUGGGACCUCAAAUCGGAUGGAAAACUGUGUUUUUGGCUGAAUAUGCGGGACCUUUAGUCGUUUAUUUGUGGAUUUAUACAAGACCUUGGUUAUUCUAUGGCGAUAAAACAGGCCCCAUUAGCGCUUGUACGCACAUCGCAGCUGGUUGUUAUACCUUGCAUUAUGUAAAACGUUUAUUGGAGACAAUUUUCGUUCAUCGUUUUUCGCAUAAUACAAUGCCGAUGCUCAACUUGUUCAAGAAUUGCACUUACUAUUGGGGAUUCACGGCAUACGUUGCGUAUCAUGUUAACCAUCCAUUGUUUACGUCUCCAAGCACUGUUCAAGUUUAUGGAGCUUUGGCUGCCUUCUUGUUGUGCGAAUUGGGCAACUUUUCCGUUCAUAUUGCUUUGAGGAAUUUGAGACCUCCGGGUACGCGAGUGCGAAAAAUUCCUGUUGCCGAUGGAAAUCCAUUGACUUCGUUGUUCAAUUUUGUUUCUUGCCCUAACUACACAUACGAGUUUGGAGCUUGGCUUUCUUUCUCGUUCAUGACUCAAUGUAUUCCCGCAUUUUUGUUCGCCGCCGCAGGCAUGUAUCAAAUGACUUUAUGGGCUCUCGGAAAACAUCGCAACUACAAGAAGGAAUUCAAAGAUUAUCCAAAAGGACGAAAAGCGAUUAUUCCAUUUGUCUUGUAAACGGCAUUCCGCAUUUAGCAUUUUGGUGAAAGGAGUUUGACAAACAAAUAUUUAUUAUUUUCUACUUUAACUCAAAUGGUUUAGGUUGAAUAGAACAAAAAUUUAUUUCCCACACACAAUUUUUCAUGUACUGAAUAAUUUUAAGAUAAUUUUCAUUCGACUCUGAAAACAAAAAAAAAUAAAAAUCUUUUUUUUUUAA